AAAACCCCAAAUAGCCUAGCGAGGGGUUUUGCUUCUUGUCACCCUUCAAUGGCGUUCUCCAAUGCCUCCCUCUUAUCUUCUUGCUCUUUAUACAGACUCAAUCCUGUUCUCUUCUCUCAUCGGCGUUGUAGUGUCACUUUGUAUCGAUUACAUCUUCGUAUCCUCAAAUCAAGGUUUUUAGCAGUUGCUGCAUCUGACAAUGGAGUAUUUACUUCUCCCGAGAUAGCAAAAUCUUUUGACUUUACUUCCGAGGAACGGAUAUACAACUGGUGGGAUUCUCAAGGGUAUUUCAAGCCGAACUUCGAUAAGGGAAGUGAAGCUUUUGUUGUUACUAUGCCGCCUCCAAAUGUGACUGGUUCGUUGCACAUGGGGCAUGCUAUGUUUGUGACUCUUGAGGAUAUUAUGAUCAGAUACCACCGGAUGAGGGGCAGGCCUACUCUCUGGCUUCCUGGGACAGAUCAUGCUGGCAUUGCAACCCAGUUGGUCGUGGAAAGAAUGUUGGCUUCUGAAGGAAUAAAGAGGGUUGAAUUGGGUAGAGAGGAGUUCACCAAGCGAGUUUGGGAGUGGAAGGAGAAGUAUGGGGGAACCAUUACAAAUCAAAUACGCCGACUGGGUGCUUCUUGUGAUUGGACUAGAGAACAUUUCACACUUGAUGACCAGCUAAGUCGUGCUGUUAUUGAUGCCUUUAUUAAGCUUCACGAGAAAGGGCUUAUCUAUCAAGGCUCUUACAUGGUCAACUGGUCUCCAAAUUUACAGACUGCAGUUUCUGAUUUGGAAGUUGAAUAUUCUGAAGAACCUGGUACUCUAUAUCAUAUCAAGUAUCGUGUCGCUGGAGGUUCUAGGAGUGACUAUCUAACAAUAGCAACCACACGACCAGAAACUUUAUUUGGUGAUACAGCUGUUGCGGUGAAUCCUGAGGAUGGAAGAUACACAAAAUAUAUUGGAAAGUCAGCCAUAGUUCCAAUGACAUUCGGUCGUCAUGUCCCAAUUAUUGCUGACAAGUAUGUAGAUAAAGACUUUGGAACUGGUGUUUUAAAGAUAAGCCCUGGGCAUGAUCACAAUGAUUACCUUCUUGCUAGAAAGCUUGGUCUUCCAAUACUUAAUGUCAUGAACAAGGAUGGGACCCUGAAUGAGGUUGCUGGAUUGUAUAGUGGCCUUGAUCGCUUUGAGGCACGAAAGAAGUUGUGGUCUGAACUUGAGGAGACAGGCUUAGCUGUCAAGAAAGAAGCUCACACUUCAAGAGUUCCUCGUUCUCAAAGAGGUGGAGAAAUCAUAGAGCCUCUUGUGAGCAAGCAGUGGUUUGUGACUAUGGAGCCUAUGGCUGAAAAGGCCCUUGAGGCAGUGAGAAAAGGAGAACUAACCAUUAUGCCUGAAAGAUUUGAAAAAAUAUAUAAUCACUGGCUAUCAAAUAUCAAGGAUUGGUGUAUAAGCAGACAACUAUGGUGGGGACACAGGAUUCCAGUUUGGUAUGUUGUAGGCAAAGACUCUGAAGAAGAUUACAUAGUUGCUAAGAGCACAGAUGAAGCUCUUAAAAAAGCUCAACAAAAGUAUGGAAAAGAUGUGGAAAUAUAUCAAGAUCCAGAUGUUCUUGACACUUGGUUUUCGAGUUCUUUAUGGCCCUUCAGUACUUUGGGAUGGCCUGAUGUGUCUGCAGAGGAUUUUAGACGGUUCUACCCAACAUCAGUGCUUGAAACAGGGCAUGAUAUAUUGUUCUUCUGGGUGGCACGAAUGGUGAUGAUGGGCAUCGAGUUCACCGGUACUGUCCCGUUUACAAAUGUGUAUCUGCAUGGACUUAUUCGGGAUUCUCAGGGACGAAAAAUGUCUAAAACAUUGGGAAAUGUUAUAGAUCCCUUAGAUACUAUCAAAGAGUUUGGCACUGAUGCUUUGCGCUUUACACUUGCUUUAGGAACUGCGGGUCAGGAUCUAAAUUUAUCAACUGAGAGAUUGACAUCUAACAAGGCAUUUACCAACAAAUUGUGGAAUGCUGGCAAGUUUGUCCUGCAAAAUUUACCUACUCGAAGUGAUCCAUCAGCUUGGGAAAGUUUAUUGGCCCAAAAGUUUGAUAAGGAAGAGUUUCUGCUCAGGCUGCCUUUACCAGAGUGUUGGGUGGUUUCAAAACUGCACAUACUUGUUGAUGCAGUCACGACAAGUUAUGACAAGUUUUUCUUUAAUGAUGUUGCACGGGAAACAUAUGAUUUCUUCUGGGGUGAUUUUGCUGAUUGGUACAUCGAAGCAAGUAAAGCUCACCUUUACCAGUCUGAAGAUCAGGCAGUUGCUUCUACAUCCCAGGCAGUUCUUUUAUAUGUUUAUGAGAACAUAUUAAAAAUGCUCCAUCCAUUUAUGCCUUUUGUUACUGAAGAACUAUGGCAGGCAUUGCCUAAUAGAAAAGAAGCUCUAAUAGUGUCUCCAUGGCCUCUUACUUCACUUCCAAGGAAUCUCACUGCCAUAAAAAGAUUUGAAAACUUGCAAGCUUUGACACGAGCAAUAAGAAAUGCAAGGGCAGAAUAUUCUGUUGAGCCUGCAAAGCGUAUAUCUGCAUCUAUCGUUGCUACCUCCGAUGUUAUCCAGUAUAUUUCUAGAGAAAAGGAUGUAUUGGCUCUUCUGUCUAGACUUGAUAUGCAAAGCAUCAAUUUUAUGGAUUCACCCCCAGGGGAUGCAAAUCAAUCUGUUCAUCUUGUUGCUGGGGAAGGUCUAGAGGCGUAUCUUCCUCUUGCAGAUAUGGUAGAUAUCUCUGCAGAAGUUCAACGACUAUCCAAGCGUCUCUCAAAGAUGCAAACAGAAUACGAAGGACUUCUCGCUCGCUUGAACUCUCCUAAGUUUGUUGAGAAAGCUCCUGAGGAAGUUGUUCGUGGGGUUCGUGAAAAGGCAGCCGAGGCAGAAGAGAAAUUGAAUCUAACUAAAACCCGUUUAUCAUUUCUCCAAUCAACAAUUUUGGUCUCCGAGUAAUUAUUUUCUUUUGAUUCUUGGUUGAAGCUGCAAAUUGCAUCCAGAAAUAGAAAUCCUCCUGUUAUUCGAUUAGCAUGGUUGCUGCUGCCCCUUUUUUGUAUGGUAACAUUAUGAAGCCAUCUAAUGCAAUAACCUACGAUUUUUGUCA